AUGCCUCUGCGGGGCCGCGUGCCCGGCCGCCUGGCUCAGCUGCGCGCGGCGGGGCAGCUCCUCCGCGCCCCGCGCGCCUGGCCCGGCCCCUCGGCGGGAGCCGCGCGGACCCGCGGCAGCGCGUGCAGCCCCCCGCCGUCCCGGGGCCCCCGCGCGCGGCCCCCGGCGGGAGUUGGGGCGGGGGGGGCGGCGGCGGGGGGGCGGACGGCCGGGGUGCGCACCUGGGCCCCCCUGGCCAUGGCGGCGAAGGUGGACCUGAGCACCUCCACCGACUGGAAGGAGGCGAAAUCAUUUCUGAAGGGCCUGAGUGACAAGCAGCGGGAGGAACAUUACUUCUGCCGAGACUUCAUCAGACUGAAGAAGAUCCCCACGUGGAAAGAGACAGCGAAAGGGGUGACCGUGAAGGUGGAGGAGCCGAAGUACAAGAAGGACAAGCAACUCAACGAGAAGAUCUCCCUGUUCCGAGGGGACAUCACCAAACUAGAGGUGGAUGCCAUCAUCAACGCCGCCAACAGCUCCCUGCUCGGAGGCGGAGGUGUGGACGGCUGCAUCCACCGCGCCGCGGGGCCGCUGCUCACCGACGAGUGCCGGACCCUGCAGAGCUGCGAGACCGGCAAGGCCAAGAUCACGGGCGGCUACCGGCUGCCGGCCAAGUACGUCAUCCACACGGUGGGGCCCAUCGCGCACGGGGAGCCCAGCGCCGGCCAGGCCGCCGAGCUCCGCAGCUGCUACCUGAGCAGCCUGGACCUGCUGCUGGAGCACCGGCUCCGCUCGGCGGCGUUCCCCUGCAUCUCCACCGGAGUGUUCGGUUACCCCAACGAGGCGGCGGCCGAGGUGGUGCUGGCGUCGCUGCGCGAGUGGCUGGAGCAGCACAAGGACAAGGUGGAUCGUCUGGUCAUCUGCGUGUUCCUGGAGAAGGAUGAGGGCAUCUACCUGCAGCGCCUGCCCCACUACUUCCCCCCGGACUCGCCUGGGCCUGCCGGACCUCGCUCCCAGCUCUAAAGGGUCCCGAAGCCUGCAGCCUGGCCUGGGCCUGGCCACCCCCUUCCUUCCCGUGGCCCCCCGCCCUCAGGAGCCUCCUAAUAAAGACCAUCUUUGUUGCA